AUGGAUGCAGAUCCCACGAAAUGUAUUGUCACACUGAAGUAUUCCGUUCCUGUAUCCUCAUCUGUCUGUAAGCACAUAAGGGUUGAAGACAAUGAUGAUGUUCAAUAUUUUAUAAAGUACAACACAGAUGUUAUAGUCUCUAAAGUAACCCCUUUAGUAGCAAGCUUGAAAAAUAUCGAAGGUCAUGGUAUUGAAGGGUGCAAUGGCAUUGUAAGUGUUGAGAGUAGCAAUGCUCCUGCUAACUUUGUUGUGGAACAAAGAAAUGUGGUAAUUCGGGACAAUGAAACUGAAAAUGGUGGGAAUGAUUUUAAUUGGAGUGAUUGGGUUGAAGAAGUGAAUUUUGAAAGUGGUGAAAACAUAGUUGUUGAUUUCAAUGAACCUAGCAACAAAGAGGAACCGCACUCUGCUCCGAUUGUGCAUCCUCAUGAGGACAGCAAUGUCGAACCGUCCACUGUGCAGUGUAGAUAG